GGUUCAUGGUGGUACGACUGGCAGACAAGAGCGCUUCUGUCAUCGACUUCCGAGAAACUGCGCCGUCAGCGGCCACCACAGACAUGUUCCACAACAAGCUCAGUCAAGUCAACGUGGAUGGUCUAGCUGUGGCAGUUCCUGGCAUGUUACGGGGGUUAGAACUCGCACAUAAGAAAUACGGAAAACUACCGUGGACCGUGUUGCUCAGCCCUGUGAUAGACCUGGCCAGAGAGGGGUUUGCAGUAACAGAUGAGUUGGCCGAUGCCCUAUCAUCCAUUGGUAUAGACAGCAUGUCUGGUGACUUUAAGAAAGUCUUUGCGCCCAACGAUAGACUGUUCACGGCGGGACAGAAGAUGACACGGCCGGACCUCGCGGACACUCUCCAACAGAUCGCAGAGAACGGGGCCGAUGCCUUCUACACUGGACCAAUAGCAGAGAGCGUUGUAACAGCUGCACAUAACACAGGAGGCGUCAUCACUGCUCAGGACCUUGCUGACUACCAGGCUUUACACAAACCAACACUCAACACCACCUACAAAUCGUCCUACAUUCUGACUACCCCGGCACCAUCUGGUGGUCCCAGUCUGCUGUCCAUACUGAACAUCAUGGAAGGAUAUAACCUCACAGAGAAAGACUCAACUAAGGCUGUCACUUACCAACGACUGGUGGAGGCAUUUAAGUUUGCCUAUGCCCAGCACACAACACUCGGGGACCCUGACAAGGCACCUAAUGUUACAGGGAUAGUCAACAGAAUCAUCAGCAAAGAAGAAGCGAAGAAGUUGCGUGGGAAAAUCGAUGACACGCAGGCAUUCACGUCACCUGACCACUAUGGACCGUUCUACACUCUCGGAGACGACAAGGGCGCAGGUCACGUGUCCGUCAUCGGACCUGAACUGGACAUGGUGUCCAUUUCCUCGAGUCUACACGACCUUUUUGGGUCAGGGGUCAUCACCUCUACAGGGGUCAUCCUGAAUGGUCACAUGGCCGACUUCUCCAUCCCGGGGCAGGCUUCUCAGACCGGGGCACCCAACCCUGAGAACUAUAUCGUGCCGGGGAAGCGCCCGCUGUCGUGGCUGAGUCCCACGAUCGUCGUCCCGAUCGCUAACCCGUGUGGGAAGCACCUGUCGCUGGGAGCCUCCAGCGGCACCACCACCCUGUCAGGCAUCGCGCAGGUCGUCCUGAACAUCCUGGCAUUUGGGAAGGAGCUGGAGAUCAGCGUGGAGGGACCCAGACUGCACAACCAGCUACAACCGGACGAGACCCGCGCUGAAGCUGGUUUCGAUGCAGCCAUUUUGACUCAGCUGGCCGCGUGGAAACAGAACGUGGUUCGGGACCAGGAGGGGCUGAACGUCGUGCAGACCGCGUACCGCGUGAAGGACGCCAUUACCGGACAGGCCGACACGCGGGAAAAGGGUAGCAAGGCAAGCGUCUUUUAACCAAUGUCAGCAUAGAAAAGAUCGUUAGUAUACAUUGUUCUAGUUCUGUGUUCACGUUGAAGUUCAUAGUGUAAUACGAGAACAAUGUUUGUUUGUUUGUUUGUUCGAGCAUUUGUUUAUGGAAAAACAGGAUAUGAAUGUCAAAAAUGUGGCAUUUUUAUGCUUGCGAUUUUUGUGCAACAUCAAUUUUCAGGGAAAGACUGAAAACAAGGAGCUGCCAGCAUAGAAAUCAAAGCAUAUGUGUAUUUUAGACAGGGAAGACAUUAGUGGGUAUACUUACUGCUGCAGUUGUGGUCACUCCUGCUAGGUGGCCUCAGUGUACCAUUCCAAAGUGGAGGAGAGA